GCUGUUCUGGAUAGCUUCUACAGAUCAUCACUACCGCCAACCUCUUCAUGUACACACCCCCUCACCUACCCAAUCCGGCUGUCCCCCAGUCCCCCAACACCAUCGAUCCUACAGCUUAACCGCCCAACCCACGCUACUACAGGAAGCCACAGCAAGCCACAGCUCCAACCAACUAAACCACCGCGAUAAUGACCGCCCCAUUUACCCCCGACAGCGCCGCCCCCGAGCCCUCCACACCAAGCAAUAUCUCCAUCACAGCGCUGGCCCGCUUCGAAUUUGAGGCCGGAAAGGCCAACGACGGGACUAAGAUCCUCAUGAUCGAAUGGGAAGAUAGCAGGGCGGGGUCAUGGCAUGUGUUCUGGGAAGGGAAGAAGGCUGUUUUGCCGGCUGAUGAGCAGACGAGUGAGAGUACGAGGAGGUUUUACUUUCUUUUGCCGCCGGAUGUGACGAUUCCGCCUAUUGUCACGUUGGAGUAUCAUCCGUCGACACCAUUGGACUCGACAGCGAAAUCGACAAGUGAAAAUACAGAGACAAGGGAGGGGAGGAAUACGAUCCAACUAAACCCGCUCCCUGCGAUAUUCCCGCCCGAACUAGGUGUUACCGGUCGGUCAGCUGGGAAAAAGGGCGUGUUGCAUACAAUAUGGGCGAAGAAGAGGCUGCAGGUUCUUGAGAGGGAGAUCCGGGAGGAAUGUUUGAGCAACGCAGAGGGGAUUGCGCUGCAUAUGGCUGUGCAGGAGAAGGAGUGGAUUGAGACGCAUUUUGGAUUAGGUCCCAAUGCGGAUAACAGUAACGACAACGGGGCCCAGGGUCACGGAAGGAACUACCCCAUGGGACCGACGACGCCGGUGUCGCCUGGUGGGAGCGGGAAGUUGGGGGAGAAGCUUAGGGGGUUAAAAUUGCAAACUAGUGAGCAAGGGUUGUCGCCGAGGGAGGGAUCUGCUGCGCGUCUUCUCUCGCCUCAAUCGCCCGAUGUCGCCGUUUCGUCGUUUAAUUCCUUCCACAACAACCACAACCCCAACCCACCUGCGGUGAAAGCAGUGGCGCCGCCCGAGUCGAUUCAAGCGCAACAACACGAGAACAACAGCAGCAGUGGAUUCGCGUCCAUGAACUCGUUGGCUGGGCCGGCUAACACAGACUCCGGCGAGGAGUUAUUCGCAAAGGCGCUGAGUCCGAGAUCACCGGACCUACCCCGGAGUCCAUUCUCUUUCGCGCCAGAGACUCUACAUAUGUGAUUUUGCACCUCAUUUUGUCUGAUUUUGGCUGUAUAUAACGUGUUAUGAUUCCCCCUCGUUGCAUAUGAUACCAGCAUGGCCGUACCAUGA